UUUCCAUUCUACAGUCAUUGUUAUGUCCUCGCUAUCCAAAUUUCUUAAUGAAGCUAGCUCUUAUAUUGAAGAAAACUUUAUAUUUGUGUGUACUACGAUUUUGGCUGUUGAAAUUGUUUCACUCAUCACUUUUGAUGUUUUAAAAGCAAAAUUAAGGAAAAUGAGAAUGAAGAAAUUGCAUCUUGUGAAACUCCCAGUUCUCGUUCAAAAAAGGAUCUUCAAAUUUCUGAGUACCCGCGACGUGUUUGCAUUAUCCCUUUGUUUUAGAAAGCUUGCAGUUUCAGUGCAAAACUGUAAAUCGGAACAGCAAAACAUGAUUCAUAUGUGCUACAAAACAUUUGAUAGACAUCAACAUCAAUUUUUAGUGGAGGACGAGUGCGUUAUUUUGUUUGUGCCCGAUUUAUUAUUCAAAGCAGGACUGUGGCUUUGGUGCAAUUGUUUUGAAUUGGAUGGUAUUCGAUUCAGAAUUGGAGUUUCACUAGAUGGGUCUCUAAUACUGUGGUCGAUCAACUCAUCGUUCAAAAUUUCUCACUCGGCCAUUGACAAACGCCUGAGAUCCAUACAUCGUCCCGCGAGCGAAAUUCAUUUAAAUAUUGAUUCAAAAGAUUUUACAACUUGUUUACCGCAUAUUGAAAACAUUAACUAUGCUUUCCUGCACAAUACCAGUGGAAUUAAUAGAAGAUUCAAAGCAGCCGACAUUGAACAGCUAAAUAUGAAGAAUUUGGUUAUUAAAAACCCGAUUGAUGGAAUCUUCAAGAAUAAUUCAAAAAUUCUAAACUUAAACCACUUGCUCAUUUCCUACGUUGGUUCAUUAAUUGAUCUACCUACUUGGCAUUUCACCGGGCGUCACAUAUGGCUAUCUGAAGUGAAUAUCUCAAACGAAGAUGUGAUUCGUUGUCUGAAACUUUGGAAAUCAGGUGCAGCGUUUCAAAAUCUAGAAUCUCUACUUAUUCGUACUGAAAAAGAAUAUCCCUUAGAAGCUGAUAUGAUCUACAACCAACUUGAUGCAAACCCAUGGAAUCCUUUUAGACGGCCGAAAUACUAUGUGUUUGAUAAAAAGGUACGGUAUAUGAAUUUUUCGAACAAUUGCAACAGAUUGAACUUAGAACAUUAUAUGGAUAUUGAAGGUAUCGAGAAAAUGGCCUCUAUAUACAUUCUGCCGCAUUGUUUGGAUCUUUACGUCUGGAAACUAUGAGAUACUAUUUUUUGUCAAUAUUUGUUAACGUUAAUAAACUGGAAUAUAAUUUUUAAUGGUAUAAUGGUCUUUCAAUAGAAAUUUUUCAAUAUCAAAAAGCUGUUAAAAAUAAAAUCAUCCUUGGGA